AUGGAGGGCGAGGCAUCCGGCAUGGAGGGCCUCCCCCGCGAGUGUUCGAGCCACGCCGACGGACCGGCCGCCCCGCUCCGCUCGGGGCGACGGCCCGAGAGCGCGCCGGCGGAGAUGGGCGACGACGACUUCCAGGACAGAGGUCUGGAGAAAACGCGAUCGGGAUUCAGGGGCCCCGCCAACGCCUUCGGAUACGAGCCAAGGGCCCUCCGCCACGCACUGGGAGAGGCCGCACUGGCCGCACGCUCCAUCUGUCUUUCCCUGGUGCAGCCAGCAGCAGUCGGCGCCACGGUACAACAGCCGGCCCGGGAGCUUGAGCCAGAACAUGGCUGUGGCGGCGAUGGCGCCAUUGUGCUUGCGGGCCUCCGCUCCGCCGCGCUCCCUUCGGAGAGGCGCGAGUUGCAGCGCACGCUGCGCCAGUCGCUGGAGCGCGCCGAGUCCGCCAUCGACCGCCAGGCCGCGGACGCGAAGAACAUCCGGAGCGGCAUGGACUCCGACCUGAAGGCUCUCACCGACGAGCUGCAGCAGCUGGUGCAGGAGAGGCAAGGCGUUCGCGAGCAGAUCGAGGAGACGGACGCGCAGUUGGAGGAGUCGGGGCGGCUAAAAGCGGAGUUGGUGCGGGAGCUGCAGCGGCACAAACAGGAGCUCAACGGCGGCAGCGGGUAG